AUGCAGGUGCGUUUUCAGUCCGAUUCCGUAUCGCAGGGAUUGUGGUCCCUGGUUCCCAACGGCCGCAUGGGCUGGGUUGUCACCUUAUUUGGAGUCCUGGCGGUGCUGUCCGUCUUUCCCAGCCACACCGGCGCAAUCGUGCACGCGCAGAAGGAUGCCCACGAAGGGGGAUCUGGGAAGCUGCGGACGGGAAUCGAUUGGGAAAAGGAGAACAAGCUCCCGCCCUGGAUGAGCUCCAUCACGGAGGGUGCCAGCCAAGCCAUCGCCGUGGUGCUGGGCCAGUCCUUGAAACCCGAUGGCUCAGCUCCCCAAGUCUUGCUGGACCGAGCUGCGAUGGCUCGGAAGCUGCUCCAAGAAGGGGCUGUCAUGAAGGUGGUGGUGUCUGGUGGAGAUCCCGCGAACGUGGGCCAUACCGAGGCCUCGAUGUUUGCGAAGGUCCUGGUAAGAGAAGGCAUUCCGGAGGAAGCUCUAAUUAUUGAGUCGCAGGCCACGACCACGGCCGAGAAUGCUUGGUUUCUGUUGCGCUGGAUCCCCAAGGGGACUGGCCGAUUGUUUAUCAUCACGUCGGACUUCCACAUGCCACGGGCCACUUACAUAUUCAAGUCAGUUCUCAACCAUUUCUACAUGAUGCUGGAGGAGAGGUACAAGAAAGACCCGAGGUGGACGAGCACGUCCAAAAGGUAUCCCCGGCUCGAGCUUCUGCAGGCGCCAACCGCGAGCUUCUGCGGCGCUGACGCGAACCGGAGCCGCGACCACGACACGGGAGCCGACAUCAACGACUUCUCGCUGGCGAAGCGUGCGCGUGACGAGUUGCGAUUCCUGGGCUCCGGGGAGGUGGUGAACGCGCUUUAUGGGGAGCCCGUGAGCAACAUCUUGUAUAUUUGGCCGAUUCAGAUCAAUGUGACCGAGGAUCCCGACUAUCACCGAACUUUCCCGGCGGCCCUGGCGGAAGCCGAGAAUACUGCGGAGGGCCUGUGUAAGUGCGUCUCUCCGCCUGAUGCAGGCGGCACGUGUUAUGGUCUAGGUAUUCUUGGGCGUUAA